UUUUUUUUGCUGUUGACAUAUUGAUUCUAUUCAGCUGAACUGAGCCCAUAGCAGAUAGACGAUUGAUAGAUAUGGGCUGUGUCCAAAUGAAUAAAGAAAUGGAAAUCCAAAUGUACAAAAAAGAUUCAAUAACUGAAGAAGAGUAAUAGUAGUAGUAGAAGUAGUACUGAAUGAGUCAGUAGCAGUCGCCGACGCUAUAAAGAAGAGUACAAAAGGAAGGCAGGGGAGGCUCCAUUACCAUUACCAUCACAUCACAUGGUCGUCCUUGGAGUCCCCACUCAAACCCCAAACCCCAAUUCAAUUCUCUCACUCGCCUCUCUUCUUCCGAUUCAGAUCGAAAUCAUACCACAACGGGAACCCUAGCCCCAUGGACGGGGACAGCAACUAUUACGGCGCCGACAAUAAUGGUACGGCGCGCUCAAACCCUAGCGGAAUGCAAGAUCUGAGGUGCUACAGCGCCUCCUACGCCACUUCCUCGGCGGCGCAGAACGGCGCGGUGCAGCUGGACAUCGUGGUGGCUGGGGGAGGAGGAGAGCAGUGGAAGUUUAAGAAGGGGAAGUCGACCAACGGCGUGGUGUCGAAAAGCUGGAGCUUCAACGACCCGGAGCUGCAGAGGAGGAAGAGAGUGGCGAGCUACAAGGCGUACACUGUGGAGGGGAAAGUGAAAGGCUCCAUUAAGAAGAGCUUUAGGUGGAUUAAGGAGAGGUACACUCAGAUGGUGUACGGUUACAGGUGAGUCACCAUCCUCCUCCAUCAUUCAUACAUAUAUAUCUAUAUAUGACGUAAAUGUACGUCUGUUGGAUGUGUACUCACUCCCCCUACCCUAUCUAUGUAUUCCUCUCUGCCUGCUUUUUGUUUUGUUGCUGAGUGAUCUGAUCUAUUCUCUACUUUUGAUUGUAAAUGCGAAUGAGUGAGUGAGUGAGUGAGUGCACGUGUGUGUUUCUGUUGUGGUAAUCAUACAAUUUGUGGGUUUUUAUCAAUCCAUGAACGCGUCUUGUAAAGUGCACAAAAAACAUGAAUUGAAUCGAAUGAUGAAUUUGUUUGUA